GUAGUGAAAUGUCAAUUUUGUUAUUGUAAAAUGUUUUGUUUAUGUUGUGCUAGAAAUUGUUGAAUUGCAAAUAAAAUCGUAAUUAAUAAAUUGCUUUGAUUAGUUAAUUGAUGAUUAAAUUUCUAUAAUCGGAAUCAGGGAGAUAAUCAUCAUGACCUCCUUAUUCGAUCAAUUUGAGCAGGCCUCGUUCAGAACCAAAAAUAACAACCUGAGCACCGCAGAUUUGACUAAUUUGGGUUACAUAGACAUGACCCUGCAACAAGACAUUCCAAUUUUUACAAAGUCCAAAAGGGACUUCACACCCUUAGACAAAAUCACUCACGUGGCCAUUGCAAACAAAUACUUGGUAGUGGCGAUGGCCAAUAACGAUUUGCUUCGCAUGAAUUUGAAUAAUCCUUCAGAAAGAAGUGAAAUUAAAUUAGCCAAGUAUACCCAAAGUAAACUUACCAAUUUGUUUUUGGAUCCAACAGCAAAUCAUUUGUUUUUAACUUUUGUCCCUAGAAAGCCUAGUGAAAUUCCAGAAUUGAUGUAUUUGGCUAGAAAAUCUGAUAAAAUUAAAUCUAGUACCAAGUUUCGAGGUAAUGAAUUCACGGCAGUAGCUUGGAACCACUUGAACGAAUCUGAUAGUACCACUGGACCUAUUUUGCUUGGUACUUCAAAAGGGCUGAUUUUUGAAACAGAAGUUGCCCUAGAAGAAGACAAACUGUUCUCUUCUAGCUUGGAACAAUAUUGGAGACAGCUUCCUAACUAUUUACCACUGUAUGGUAAUAAGGAAAUUGAGGGUUUGGUUUUUGAUAUAGGAAAAAACACAAACACUCCCAUAACUGCCCUGGAAUAUUUCCAAUGCGCCGGUACAAAUAAAUACCUUAUUUUUGCUGCUACACCGACGAAACUCUAUUUCUUUUCUGGAACCGCUGAACACGAUGAGAAGCCUCUUUUGCAACAAGUGUUUCAUAAAUAUUUGAAUAUACCUGAAACUGAAACAUUUUUAGCUUCUGACAGUCGUCUUAGUUAUUCUAGGCUUCAGUUUUGGUCUGAAAAUCUCAUUACACCCAAUAGUUUUGCUUGGAUAACUGAAAAAGGCAUACAUUAUGCUCAGUUAGAUCCAUUAAUAGACGACAAAAUGUCUUCAUUAAAAGACAAAAUCAAACUCCUAGAAUAUCCGAAACCGUUGUACGAAGACUUUUCUCAAUCCCCCAAAUAUCCAAUUUCUAUAGCAAUGACAGAGUUUCACAUUUUGCUCGGCUACACAGACAGUAUCAAAGGUAUGUGCCUGCUAAGCAAGGAAGUCGUUUACGAGGAUCAGUACAACGAGGCUUUCGGGAAACUGGUCAGCGUUUUGAGAGACACCAGAACAGGUGAUAUAUGGGCUUUGUCUGAGAAUGCCAUGUUUCGGUUCAAGGUGCAUCGUGAAGAGAGGAAUAUUUGGCAAAUAUUUUGUGCCAACGGUCAAUUUGAUUUGGCCAAAAAAUAUUCGAGAGCCAACGAAGCUUGUUAUAAUCAGGUUUUGAUAAAAGAGGCUGAAAUGUUGUUCGAGCAAAAACAGUACGCCUUGAGUGCUCAGAGAUACGCCGAAACUCAAUCUUCUUUUGAAGAAAUUUGUUUGAAAUUCAUACAAGUGGAUGAAUCUGAUGCUCUCAAGAUUUUCUUAAGGAAUAAGCUGACUACUUUGAAGCCUCAAGACAAAACCCAAAUAACGAUGAUUGUAAUUUGGGUGGUAGAACUCUACCUAAUGAAAUUAGAAGAAAUCCGUCUGCAAGGUUUGGAAAAAUCGGCCUCUUACGAUGAAAUCCAAAAAGAAUUUGAAACUUUCAUGGCCUUACAAGAAGUUGCCGAAUGUAUCCGCAACAACAAAUCGACUAUUUACGAGCUAAUGCAAAGCCACGGAGAUAAGGGCAAUUUGAUCAAACUAACCAUUGUCAGUAAGGAUUUUGAAAGGCUGAUUCGUCAUCACAUUUUUAAAAACGACUUCAGAGAUGCUCUAGGCGUUUUGAAAAGUCAAAACAAUUUAGAAAUGUACUAUCAAUUCGCCCCGGUUCUGAUGCAAGAAAUCCCAAGACAAAUGGUUAAAACUUUGAUUGAACAAGGCAGGAAAUUGGUGGCUUUGAGGCUUUUGCCCGCCCUGGUUUCCUGCAAUGGUGAAUUACACGCUUUGGAAGUUAUCACGUAUUUGGAGUAUUGUGUUGGAGAAUUAAAAAACACCGACAGAGCUAUACAUAACUUUUUGUUGUCGUUGUAUGCCAAAUAUGAUUCUAAAAAGCUCAUUGAUUAUUUGAAUAUGCAAGGCCAAGAGUUAAGUUUGAUAAAUUAUGAUGUUUACUUUGCUUUGCGUUUAUGCACCGAGCAAAAUCGUACAGAGGCGUGCGUCCAGCUGUUUGGCCUACUAAAAUUGUGGGAAUCCGCUGUGGAUUUGGCCCUCACAGUCGAUCUGGAUUUGGCGAAAAAAAUGGCCGAUAUGCCCGAAAACGAUACGGAGCUCAGAAAGAAACUGUGGCUCAAAAUUGCUCAACAUGUGGUCAAUGAGAAAAACGACAUCCAGGAGGCCAUGGAGUUUUUGAGCGACUUAAUUAAAAUUGAAGAUAUUUUGCCGUUCUUUUCUGAUUUUGUCACCAUUGAUCAUUUUAAGGAUGCUAUUUGUGAUUCUCUUAAGGGCUACAAUCAACAAAUUCAAAUCUUGAAAGAGGAAAUGGAAGAGGCUACGAAUUCGGCAAAGCAAGUGCGAGACGAAAUUCACAAUUUCAGAAAUUGCUACACUUACAUUAAUGGGUCAGACAAGUGCGAAAUCUGUCAAGUCACUCUCAUGGUCAGGCCGUUUUAUUUUUUCCCUUGUCAUCACAAGUUCCAUUCGGAUUGUUUGCUGGCUGAAUUGGAACCGUCUUUAGGUUUAGUGAAAAGAAGUCGUUUAGCAGAUCUGGAAAAACAAUUUCAAGCUCUCAGCAUACAAAUGAAUUCGGAUAGUGUCAGCACAGAAUCUACAGGCAUUUCCGCUAGAGAUCAAGUCAAAUCCGAAAUUGACAACAUUAUAGCUUCGGAAUGUCCGUAUUGUGGUGAAAACAUGAUCCGGAAUAUCGAUAAGCCGUUUAUUGAAGAUUUUGAUUAUGAAAACAUUAUGAGGCAGUGGGAAUAAUGUAUUGAUAUGCCUAAUAAGUAAUUAAUUGAAGUGAUAUACCUACAUAAUAAUAAUAUAUAACUAAUAAUGCAAACAUUAUAGAAUUAUUAAACUA